UCCAUUACUGAAAUUUUUCCGACCUGCGCAUUGCUUAAUUUAAGUUGCUCAGCGCCAGCCCCAAUCAGUUAUCUCUUGUCGUUGGGGCACACAACGUUGCCAAGUUGGAGAGCGCGGGCGGUCGCGUUGCGGUUAAAAACAGAAAUAUUAAAAAAUAAAUGCAAUAAAUAAUAAAAAAUGUGUUAACAAUAAAUAAAAGUUUCCGAAUACCUGCACAUCUUCUUUACCCCAAGAAAAAACUCCUCGUAAAUAGCUUCCCAACAAAUCCUCACAACUUUUUCAAAGUGUCUCUUCAACCUUUGAAGGUGUCACAUCUCCCAACGAGAAGAAACACAACCGCAGCGGGGAGAUGAUACGACGCGUCUUAACCUACAGUGUGCUGGGAGCCAGUGCCGUUGGCACGGGUUUGAGUCUGCAUACCAACGAUUACGACAUCAAUUCCCUGGGCAUUGUUCGGCUGAGUCGUUCAGCGGUGGCCGUUAUCGAUGUGGCCAUGACAUACAAACGUGAGCUGUACUAUCGGGAAUGGGAUAAAAACUCACCGGAAUACAAGGCCGAGAAAAGCCGUGUCCACACCAUGGCGGCGCAGAGAUUGCUACAGCUGAUAUGUGUCAACAAGGGCGUGUACAUUAAGGUGGGCCAACACAUUGGAGCCCUGGACUAUUUGCUGCCCAAGGAGUUUGUACAGACCAUGAAGGUGUUACACUCAAAUGCUCCACAAAAUCCCAUUGAAGAUUUGUACAAGGUCAUUAAACAGGAUUUGAAACGGAAUGCCGAAGAUAUAUUCGAUGAUUUUGAAAGGGAGCCAUUGGGCACAGCCUCAUUGGCACAGGUGCACAAGGCCAAACUGAAGACGGGUGAAGUGGUGGCCGUUAAAGUACAACAUCCCUAUGUUAAGGGCAAUUCCCGGGUAGAUAUGGCCACCAUGGAGUUGGCUGUAAAAGUCUUGGCUCUUAUAUUCCCCGACUUCAAAAUCCAAUGGCUGGUGGAUGAGUCGAAGAAGAACUUACCCAUCGAAUUGGAUUUCCUCAAUGAGGGUAAAAAUGCCGAAAAGGUACAGCAGCAAUUUCAAAAAUACAAAUGGCUACGGAUACCCCAUAUCCAUUGGGAUUUUUGUUCCCCCAGGGUUUUGGUCAUGGAAUACAUUGAAGGUGGCCAGGUCAAUGAUUUGGAAUACAUAAAACGCAACAAUAUCAAUCCAUUUUCCAUUGCCAAUAAAAUUGGUCAACUCUAUUCGGAAAUGAUAUUCAAUACCGGUUUUGUGCACAGUGAUCCUCACCCGGGUAAUAUUUUGGUACGCAAACAACCCGGCAAAGAUGUGGAAAUAAUUCUACUCGAUCAUGGCCUGUAUGCCAAUCUCACCGACAAGUUCCGCUAUGAUUAUUCCAAAUUGUGGCUGAGCAUCUUGAGUGUGGAUCGUGUGGGCAUGAGAAAGUAUUCACAGAAUUUGGGCAUAAAAGGUGAUCUGUAUGGACUGUUUGCCUGCAUGGUGACGGGACGGCCGUGGGAGACCCUGGCCAAGGGAGUCAACAAAGUUAAAUAUUCCAAGGAAGAGAAAGAUACCCUACAACAAAACACCUCACUUGUACUACCUCACAUCUCGGAUGUUCUGGAACAGGUUGAUCGACAAAUGUUGUUGAUUUUGAAAACCAAUGAUUUGAUACGCGGCAUCGAGUCGACACUGCACACACAAAAUCGCAUGACCUCAUUCUGGGUAAUGUCCAAGUGCUGUCUACGUUCCUCGUUCGGUGAAGAGAAGACGCUGGCCAAAACUAAGACAAAACGCCUGGGACUCGUAUUGCGGGAACGAUGGGAAAUAUUUAAAUUAAAUGUAUAUUAUUUAUAUUUGGGUCUACUUAAUUUUGGACUAAUGGCUGCCAUCAAGGAGUUACUUUGACACUGAAUGCCAGGAUGAACAAAUGUGAAAUACUAUUUUUAAUUUUAAGUAGCUAUUGUUUUUUUUUUUAAAUAUGUAAUUUUUUUAAAUACGAUAUUUUGAUAUUCACUUAAGUGUAAUUUAUUUUUGUAAAAUAAAUUGUAAUUAAAGCUUUGUAAUAUACGAACAAA